AUGGUUGACAGUGUGCCUAAAGGCAAGCAGGAUAGCACAUUACUGGCCUCUUUGCUUCAGUCAUUCAGCUCUAGGCUGCAGACUGUUGCUCUGUCACAGCAAAUUAGGCAGAGCCUGAAGGAGCAAGGAUAUGCCCUCAGUCAUGAUUCUUUAAAAGUAGAGAAGGAUUUAAGGUGCUAUGGUGUGGCCUCAAGUCACUUAAAAACUUUGUUGAAGAAAAGUAAAGCUAAAGAUCAGAAGUCUGAUCCCAAUCUUCCUGAUGUAACUAAAAACCUCAUCAGAGAGAGGUUUGUAGAGUCCCCUCACCAUGUUGGACAAAGUGGAACAAAGGUCAUGAGCGAACCUUUGUCGUGUGCUGCAAGAUUGCAGGCCGUUGCAAGCAUGGUAGAAAAAAGGGCUAGCCCUGCCACCUCCCCCAAACCCAGUGUUGCCUGUAGCCAGUUGGCAUUACUCCUUUCCAGCGAAGCCCAUCUGCAGCAGUAUUCUCGGGAACAUGCUUUAAAAACACAGAAUGCAAAUCAAGCAGCAAGUGAAAGACUUGCUGCCAUGGCCAGACUGCAGGAAAAUGGCCAGAAAGAUGCAGGCAAUUUCCAGCUCUCAAAAGGAAUGUCCAGCCAUCUCAAUGGACAGGCCAGAACAUCAUCAUCCAGCAAACUGGUGGCUAGCAGGAGUAAUGCUUCCACAUUUCAGAACCCAAUGGCUGUUGUCCCUUCUUCCCCUAAGAAUUCGGGCUACAAAAACUCACUGGAAAGAAACAGUAUAAAGCAAGCUGCUAAUAACAGUUUGCUUUUACAUCUCCUCAAAAGCCAAACCAUCCCCAAGACAAUGAAUGGACACAGCCAGAAUGAGAGAGGAAGUAGUUUUGAGGACAGUAGUACACCUACCACUGUUGAUGAGUAUUCGGAUAACAACCCCAGCUUUACAGAUGACAGCAGUGGUGACGAAAGCUCC